UGAAACCAAGAUUCGGCUUCUGCCGGACACAUAGAAAACGAGAAAAAAAAAAAAAAACCGAGAGAGAGAAUAGGGGAAGAAGGGAUAGAGGAAGAAAUUCGGAAUAAGGAAGAAAUGGGGAGAGAGAGGAAGAAGCAGAAGACGGAGCGGGAAGGAAGGAAGAGGAGAUGCAGAGGAAAGAAAGGAAAAGAAGCAUGAAAAGAGGAAGAGGAUUGGAUUUUUGGGCGUGUACAAUAAUUUACAAGAGGGGUGAAAGAUUGGGGCAUGGUUCAGAUAUACAUGCAAUUGAGAUUGUUGGGUAUCUGAAAGUAGGGAACUUUGUUUCUGGGGAACUUCAAAGGUGCCCUGUUGCUUCGUUUGAUUUGGGUCGUCAAGUAUCGAAUAAGUUAUUGUUUCAUUGCAAUUUAAGCCCCACCCUUAUUAAAGGAAAAAUCAAGCACUCGCAUAUAUCUUUGUGCAAGAUGGAAACUCCUUGAUUUUAACUAAAAUUGUUAAAAUUUUUGAUGUGGUUUUUGUGUGUAGGACUCUUAUGAGGAUCUGUUUAAAGAGCUGAGCAAGUAUAGACUGAUCAUUCUCAGGCUAGAAUUAUAAUUAAAGAGUUGGUCUGUUGGUGUAUGAUAAGCAAUUGGAUAGGCAAGAAAUGGAUGACUUGAUGAAGCAAGUUUCAGACCAAAAGUCGAAUCAAAGCUGCUGUCCAGUUGGUUAAGGAUGAGCUAGAAGCUGAAAGAAAGUUGAGAAAGCAUUCAGCCGCACUUCUGCACGCGCGUGAGCGCGUGCGUUAAGGCUAGUUAAGAUAAACCGAAGCCAUGAGGGCCUCCACCGUUUACAGAAAAGCUACAGGUGGGAAUCUAUCUACCCAAGUGUUACUAUAGGAGCAGUCAUGACCCAGAUUUGCGAAUAUAUCCGCAACGAAAUUAGUCUCUCUUAAUACAUGUUUGAAAGUAAUAUUAGAGAAAUUUGAAGCAAUAAUCUUGAUAUCUUGAAUGAUCUUCCGUAAUCUCCAUGGUGGCUGAUGGACUCCAUUGACAGCAUCAAUGACAAGUUUGGAGUUCCCUUCCACUUUGACGUUAUUGAAGCCUCUUUCCUUAGCAGUAGUAAGACUGUUACGCAAAGCAAUUGCUUCCGCCAUCAGAACAGUAGUGACACCCGCAUUUUUUGUAGUGGCAAGGAUUGGUUUUCCAAAAUGGUGUCAAAUUAUGAAUCCUACAGCUGCAGAGCCUACUUUAACAGAGUCAUCAAAGUUGAUCUUGACUGCAUUUUGUGCUGGGGGUCUCCAAGAGAUACAGUCUAGGGUGGGCUUGAUAUGAGCAAUGCUGGUACUUGGAAUGGUAAUGUCUGGAGUAUUUAAAGCAGCAUACGAGGUUGAAAUUACAUGGUGUAGCAAUAUUGCCUUGAAAGACAAGGUCAUUUUGUGCCUUCUAAAUUUGCCAAUAGCAAGUAAUCAUUUUUGCAAAGAGCUUCUGAUCAUAAGGUUGAGAAAUGAACAUUUCCUUGAAGACUUUAAUAUAGCCUUCAAAUCAAUAUAUUGGAGUAGAAACACCUGCAAGCCUCCAAACAGUUGUAGCAAAGUCAUAGUAACCAAAUAAAUGGUCAAUUGUUUCAUUGUCAUUAUUGCAAAGGGGGCGAGAAUUAUCGUCGAUUAAACCAAACAUGGAGAGUCCAUAUAUCUUUUUGAGCCGACCUCGAAACAGAAGCCAUCCGAAAAUUUUAACUUUUGGCUGAAUGUUUAGUUUCCAAAGUUUAUUAAUCAGAUCAGUUUGGCUAUGCUUCGUUGUAUUUUCCAACUGUAGCCAAGUUGCAGAUUUAAU